CGGGGCAGGCCAUGCUCGCCCCUCCGACCCACCCUGACGCCCGGGGACCCUCAGCCGCGCCCCGCCACGGCGGCGGCCUGCACCCCAGCACUGCGCGCCAGUGCUAGCCCGGGGCACCCCGCACCCCAGCCCAGCCCCUCGGGGAUCCCUGAGAACGCGUGACCCUCCCGGGGAGGCGUAAAUCCCCCGGAGGAUGCAUGGACCCCCACCCCGCUGCAUGCAUGGUCCUCCCGGUGCCUGAGACCCCUCCCCUGAGGAUGCACAAUCCUCCCCCCGACCCUCCACCCCUCGUCCCCAGCGGACGGGCGAUCCUCGCUGGGAGUCUGGGAACGUUUGACCCCCGCUUCCCUCCAGAAGGCCUCUCGGUGCUGCGGGGCAGGGCCGCUGCACGCGGGCAUGGCGCGCUCUGCUCGCCCCUGCCCGCUCCCUCUCCCGCUUGGGGUCCGGGCGGCGUGGGGAGCGGCUUGGGGCCGGAUUGGGGUGGGACCGAGCUCGACAUCCGCGGAGCUCUGGAGGACAGUUCACCUCCUGGCCGGAGGCGGCCGGUUGGGGACCCCCAGGCCGACUGCUGAGCGCGGUCCCCCAGCCGCGGCGGAGCGAGCGCGGGGAGCGCUUUCGCGCCUUUCCAGUUUGAACGCGUAACUCCUUCGGUGCCGGCGCCGAGACCUCCGCCGCUCCCUGCAGCCGCUUCUUCCUCCGCGGGGUCCCCCCGGAUGGCGGAUGCGGAGUGGAUUUGAUGGGGCUCCAGCUUCGAGACACCCAGGGUUCCUCGCCCCUCCCCAGCUCGCUCCAUUUUUGAGUGCCGGGCCAAGAACUUGACCCCUGGGAUCCAGUUGUCCGCGCCCCCCCCCGCCCCUUUUUUUAGCGGGGCCCUUAUGAACUGGGGUCCGUGCAGUUCCCCUGAGGUUUCUAAGGUGCACAGAGGAGGCGCCAGGCUGAGAUCCGCCCCUAAACUUCCGCCCGGGGCCAGCACCCCCGCUGAGCGGGGCUUACGGCCUCUGCGCUGUGGUUUACUACUUCACCACAGGCCGGCUCCUCUGCGCCUGGCUGGUCCUGUCAGUGCUACUGCUCGGCUUCUUGGUCCAGGGCCUGAGCUAUCUCUGGUUCCGAGAAGAUGGACGUCAAGGUGGCUGCUUGCUGCUGGUCCUGCACCUCCUCCAGCUCGGCGUGUGGAAGCGGCACUGGGAUGCCAUGUCCGCCGGCCUCCGGAAGGAAGGGCAGGCCGCCCCCCAGGCCCAGCUGCUGCUGCAGGAGGCGGACCUGGCGGCCCUGCGCCUCCUCGAAGCCCUGCUUCAGGUCGGGCCCCACCUGCUGGUCCAAACAUACGUUUUCCUCGCCUCUGACUUCACUGCUCCUCUGCCAGGGGUGAGUGCCCUGUGCUCCUGGACCACGCUCUCCUGGGCCCUGGUGUGCUACGCCCGUUCCCUGCGCUCCGUGAAGCCGGACCACACCUCCACGCCCUGGAUGGCCCUCGGCUGCCAGCAGCUCUGGAGGAUGGGCAUGAUUGGGGCUCGCGUCCUCAGCCUGGUUCUCUUCUUCUGGGCUUACCGCGUCUGGGUGCUGGUUGUCGCAGGUGCCCACUGGCUGGUGAUGACCUUCUGGCUCGUGGCUCAGCAGAGUGACAUCGUGGACAGCACCUGCCGCUGGAGGCUCUUCAACCUGCUCGUGGGGGCCGUGUUCAUCCUCUGCUACCUCAACCUCUGGGACAGCCCCUCCAGAAACAGGAUGGCAGCGUUCUACACGGUGAUGCUGCUCGAAAAUAUCAUCCUCGUGCUGCUGGCGACGGACUUUCUCCAGGGGGCCUCGUGGACCAGCCUGGGGGCUGUCGCAGGCGUCUUGUCUGGAUUUCUGAUCGGCACUGUCUCGCUGGUCAUUUACUACAGCUUGCUGCAUCCGAAAUCCACAGACAUCUGGCAGGGCUGUGUACACACGUCCUGUGACCCUACAGAGGGUGAUAAAGCAGAAGAAGACUCUUCUCCACAAGCCCCAGGCCCAGCCAGGGAGGGACCGGACAGCCUGGGGACCUGCCCAGAGGAAAGCGAUGAGCUCUCAAGCCUGGGGAAGCCCCCCAGCCCACAGUGGGCGCCCCCAGAGGCUGGGCUGGAAAGCCAGACAGCAGGGGAGGCCUCUUUCUUCAGCCACCACCACUGGCUGCUGGUGAAGCUGGCUCUGAAGACAGGGAACGUGUCAAAGAUCAACGCAGUCUUUGGAGAAGACGGCCUGGCCUGCUUUUCCUCCCCUGAGUGGGGGUUGAGCCAACACCACAGCAGGCAGAGGACGCCCCCACCCCCGCUGCAGGAGCCCCCUUCAUCACCCGAGGACCCUCUAACCUCAGAGGAAGGCUCUGAGUUUCCAGCGGUCCCCAAGGCAGAGGUUGAUGAGACCUCAAGUUACCUGUCUUUUGCCAGCGCGAGUCCUGACCCAGCUCCAGCCCAGCAGCUGUCAGCUGCAGGCCAGGAGGGCGGCUCAGAGGAGGGAGCUGGGGCUGCCCUGGGGGCGAGGGGUGCAGGGGGGCCCCCGGGGGGCGGGGGCGGGCAGGCCGGCUCCACGCUGUACUUCAGCGCCACCGCCGAAGGGGCGCUCCCCUCCCCCGGGGAGCCGACGCCCCUCUCCGGGACGGGGCUGGGGUCGGGCAGCCCAGCCCAGCCAGCCCCCGAGCGCUUUCCCCUCAGCGUGGCCGACAUCAGUCCCAUCUUGGGCCCCGGAGGACGCUGGCAGCCCGGCGGCCAGGCCCGGAACGGCUCGGGGCUGCGGGGGCAGCGGGAGUCCCCGCGUCGCCCCGUCGCGGCUGGUACCCAGAGGCUGCUGCCCGAGGUGGGCCCCAGGCCCGCGGACGCGCCCUGCCUCACGUCCACCCCCAAGUGCACGCCCCCGGGGACUGCGGCCGCAGGGCGAGGCUGACGGCCGAGGUGGGUUUCCUCCGCUGAGCACGCCAGUGGGUGACCCACGCUGGUCACUUGGGGGGGACUUCCGACACCGCCACCCCUGACUGUGUCAUAGCCGCUCUGGACCUCUAUCCGCUCAGCCGGAAAACGAGGGAACCGGAUUACAUUGUUUCUAAGGUCCCCUGCAAGCACCACAGGCCACACAUUCGCAUAGGAGUCCUCUAACACUGAGAGGGAGGCUAGAUAAAGCCUCCUUCACAAUCGCCUGCUUCUGGAUAGCCAUUCCCUCCUCCAGGGGAUCUUCCCUGACCCAGAGAUCCAACCUGACUCUCCUGCAUUGCAGGCAGAUUCCUUACCCUGAGCCAUCAGGGAAGCCCCUGACAAACUCUAUGAUCCUUCCUGUGGCUUCCCCAGUAAACUCAAGGGUAAAACCCAGAGUCCUAUUUUAUUCUUCUGUUAAUAACACUUAAGUGGUUAUUAAUCACUCUUCUUUUAAAUGUAUUUUAGCUGCAUUAUUUUAUGAAAUCCCUUGGAAGCCUCAGGACACCUCAGGCCUCUGUCCCGUAGACGGAGAGUCAGAGAAAAACCAGAGCUGGACAGAGUUGAAAUGGCGAAAACAGAUUUUAUUCAGGAGCUGUUGCCAUAGGGGAAGAGGCCUCCGUGUAAAACUGGCUCAACUCUGAACUCAGUGUGGACAAGUGGGGUUUACAGCUGAGGAGCAGGUGGGGCUUAGUGGGUGGAAAAUUGUGAAGAGGAAACAUCGGGCUUAGAGGGCUUCUGGCUAAACCAGUGUAACAGGAUGUGUGCUGAAGGCAGGCCAGGGAGGUCAGAUAUCCUCCCUGGGCCAGAGGAUCUGGUGAAUGAGGAGCCCGAUUGGGUAUGGAAGGUGAUUGGAUAUUGAGGGUGUGGGCUUCUGGUUAGGUUGACUUAGCAGGAUUCGUGCUAAAACGGGACAAUGCAGAGAGGAACACAGCAGAGGAUGUGGCUGGAAAGUUCGGGGGAGCCUGAGCAGUUUGGUCAAAGAGAAUCUGUCGGGAGGAUGCGGAGAACAGCAUCAGUGGCUCCACCGGGACCUCUGGCCUUUCCCCUCCACAUUGAAGGCUCAGCAAGAACUGGAUGCUCUGUGUGAUCUUGAGAAAGCGGUCACUGGAGGGAGAUCCUCCUUGUCUGGAUCUCCGUGGGCGGGACGCGCAGAGCCCGAGUGUGACUUUUGGAGAUGGCACUGCAUGUGUCCUCAGGGGAGGACCUCCGGGAGCCAGCUGAGCUUGAGCCAGCAGGUUCCAGACUCCUCACGGUGACAGGGAAUGAGGACGAGUCUGAGGAGGCACCGAGGCUGGGGCCGUGAUGCGGGGAUUUGGAAGGACCUCGGGGAGCUGGUGCUGCUCCGGUUUGGGUGCAGUUCUGUGACCCGGCCCCUCCGUCACGCUCACCUGCAGAGGCUAGACCCGACUGGGAAGGAUGCCACACUUGAAAACUGGGCCAGCCUUUGCCCCUUUGGGUAGAAGGGGUGGAUCCUGCGAGACGCGCAGUGACGUUGCUUUUUCUCUAUCGCCAUCUCCAGGUGGCCUCUCUGAAGCUGAUAACUUGUGAGACCCUGUGAAUGACAGAACUCAUGGCCCAGCUGGGAGCAUCUGAUGAGCUCCCAAAUUCAGGACGCUGCUGUCUGCUCCCUGGGAAUAUCAGUGGUCGCUGCACUGUUUGUUAGGCUAAGUCUCACGUAUUGGAUAUAUUCUGUUGAUGUUCCUGCUUCAGUGAGUGGCCAUCACCCAGAACCUUGAAAGUACAGGCUGCCCCCGGAUAUUUGCUUGAGGGCGUUUAUCUCGGAUCUGCUGUCCCACCUGCUUUUCUUGUUUCUUUUAAUCCUACCUCACUCCCUUCUCCCUUGAAGCUGUGUAGGAAGCAACGCAAGGACUUACAGUAUCGCCUGCUACCGAUUGCCCGCACGUCCCACCAAAGGAGGGAAAGCGGGCUCGGCAGAGGCUGAGGAACUCAGGCUUGGUCUCCACGAAUGUUUCUCUGAUGGCCGUCCGCUCCUUGCAACAGGCUGUUUUCUUCAGCUGUUUGCCUGGUGAGGCCUGGCUGGCGGACAGCUUAUAGCAAGCAGUGAACACCCCUUAGUGGAAUUAAAUUCUAGAUUUUUCUGAAGGACUAGAGAUUGUGCCUGUCAUAAGCAAAGCCUCUGAAUAACCGUUUGGGGAGUGGGUUUUGGUGAAAGCAGUUGCACGUGCCUGCCUUUAUCGCUGAGGCCCCCGCUCUUCUGGAGCACAGGUGGUCUCUGUCACGUUCACAGGGGGAUCAACCGUCUGAUAAGGGGGUGGUGUGCAGCGUUCUAGUUGGAGUCCCGGGAACAAGAGCACCCUAGCUUGCAGGAGGAGGGGGUUGCACCAGCCCCAGGAGGGUCCUCUUGCUGCAGUGGAGCCCUGGGUAUGCUAUGCCAUUGGUGUUGGUAAGGACCAAUGCCAACCCACAGCGAGCAGGCUGGAGCAGGCCACAGAGAUGAAUGCCCCGGGCCCGCUCUCCACCACCACUGCCAGAAAGGGAAGGCAGAGGACGCGAACUCUCCAAAAGUGGGCGCCCCAGCCCAGUGGCUUGGGAGGCCAGCCUGGGGCGGGAGGUGCUGAAAGUAACUGCCCGGUUCCCCCCAGCAGUGCUCUCAGCUUCUUUCACAAACUGUAGCACGCUUGCCUCUAAACCAGUCGCUCCUAAGCAGGGACGUGGCCGUUUUAAAUGUGUCCUGUUUCUCUGUCUCGAAGCUGGACCUCAGAGCUAUAGAAUCUACAACAGCAGAAACAACGCACAUCCACCAAAGGCUCUGAGCUUACAGAAACAGCUUCUACUCCUACCCCAAAACCUCAGCAUUUAUAACCCCAAAGAUGGGUUUAAUACUUGUGUCCCAAGCUGUCUGGUUUUAGAAGUCAAAAGGAGGUUUGACAAGUGUUUCUUCUCGCCCCUGUUCAGAGGUCCCUCAUGUUUUGGAAUCUUAUGUUGGCCAUUUUCUUUAAGAUUUUC